CUUCUUCAUCCUUCUUCAUCCUUCAUUGCGCUAUAAUGUCACAGUUCAUGAAUUUGAUCACCUCACAGGUUAUUCCCUUAACCUACGUCGAUGCGAGUAUUUCUGUCGUCAACUCUGACAUUAUUUUGUUCUACGAGAAUACUGCCAGAAAUGCUGACUUCCUGAACACCAGCGUACUCAGAGAGGCAUUCUACAAGGCAUUGGAGAAGUUCCCGGUAUAUCUUGGAUACCUUAGACAGCGCGCGGACAGAGGACUCGCAAUUGUCAUUGACAAGGACGACCUGAAUAUGCCAAACUACCUCGAGUCAACCUCGGAUAUCCUCUUUUCGGACAUCAAAUCCUCCAGCUACAACCCACGCACCUGGCCUGCUGGGUUGAUGACUACCAGCAUGACCCCAGUUCCUGACCAAGCAACUGGCCAGAUAAAGAUGCUGCAUGUCCACAUCGUCAGGUUUCGAGAGUCAUCUGGGGUGGCCAUAUUCAUCAGUAGCUGCCAUGGUGUCACAGACGGUACUGGGUUCUACAGUUUCGUAAAUCGCUGGGCUGAUGAAACGCGAGCUUUGAUGACUGGAGUAUCUGCGCCUGAGAUAGCUGUCUGCUUUGAUCGUGCAGUUCUUGUCGGUGACCCUACCGACGCGCGAGCUGAAGUCGAUAAUCUCCUCCGGGUUAGUAUUACGGACCUUCCGCCAGCAGCAAUAGCCUUGACAUUGCUUUCCCCAAUGGAGCGCAACAAAGUAAUUCAUUCCAGAAGGCCAAAUGCUGACCACCAAGGCUGCCUCUACCGGAUCGGCCAUGACAAGCUUGAGUAUUUGCGAGAUGGUGUACAGAAAUGCACCUUGGAUGGUCCCCGGCUUUCAAUUAACGAUGCCCUGAGCGCAUUGAUCGCCAAGACAGUGUCUCAGGCACAGUUUGCCAAUACGACUGGACUUAUCGACCAGCCAAGCAAGUCUGGCGAUAUGGCACACCUCCAUUUGACUACUAUCGCAUGCGAUUGCCGCCGCCAUCUCGGAAUAUCUGAUAUGGGUUAUAUUGGAAAUGCUCAGUACAUGUCUAUGGUGACAAAUCCAGUCGAGAGAAUCAUCCAGGCAACGACGUUCGAGACGCUGGCUGAGGCUGCAAUUAAAAUCAGACACGCCAUUAACCGGGUACAGGCCCCACAGAUAAGAGCCUAUAUUGAUAUGAUCAACCAGCACUCAGCCCUAUACAUGGGCCCAAUUACCAGGGCAAAAAUGUAUGGGCUACGUACAACUAUAUCAAACCAGUCUCGGUUUGGACUCUACGAUAUAGAUUUUGGAUAUGGAGCUGCAGACUUUAUUACUAGUCGCCCCGCUCGACUAGCCAGUAUGGUCACUAUCCUGCCUACUCGCCCACCAAGCAAGGAUGUGUAUGUCUCAAUUACUGACACGCCAGCAGUGCUUGAGAGCAUCCACAGUAACAACUUUUGGAGACGCUUUGCUGAUCUCGUCUACUAGAAGAACUAUUUGAAGUCAAAAUCCCAAGCCACUCCUAUCUCGCUAUUAACCAGAUCGGGCACGCUCAGAAUCGGACUCAAAUAGGCCAGCUGGCUCCCCUUUUCCUUUCCUCACUCACUUUUUAGUUCCAAUUUUCAUACAUUCUUGUGAACACUCCCU